AUGAUAAUUUUUCAUGAAGAAAAGGCAUCCAAGCAAUCCGACGAAUUUACACUCAAAAUGCUCGGGAUGCCAAGAUACGACGGCAGGUUCGACUUUAGCAGGAAGGAAAUAGAUAUUCCUUUGAUAUUUCCACUUAAGAAGUCUACUGUCAAGUUAAGGAGCCCGUCACAGGUCUGCUUCAUGGAAAAAAUAGAUAACAAUAGCGUGAUAUACUCGGAGAAAGGAUACACAUUCAACGUUGCCGGCAAAUAUGCAUAUAGUUUCAAAAUAAAGGACCUGUGCAAAAGACUUGUGGUAGGGCAUGGAAAGGCAUUUAUUCUCACAGACAAGCACAUGUAUGUCUAUAGGAAUAGGAAAAUACGCAUGUUUAGUACAAAUGCACUGGAUGUCUGUCCAUCUCCCUAUGGAGAAAUGUUUAUGCUGACUCCUAAGGAAAUUCUGAUAUUCGACGAAAGCGGCGUCAAGGAAGUGUUUCCAUAUACAGGAAAGGUAAAGUUCAUACACUCCUAUCUGUUCAGAGAACUGAUAGUUGUGGCUGAUAAACAAGUAUUUCAUCUAAACCUCAACAGUCUUAAGGUAAGCACCAUAUAUCUUACCAUUGGAAUAAUUACGUCAACCAUCUUGAAAGACAGGCUUUACAUGCAGGAGGGGAAAGAAGGAAGAGCUGCUAAGGUCACAUCCUUAAACAUAGAGGAUAGGACUGCAGAAUCCAUCCGCAUAGAGAGCUUGGUGAGUAUCUCUGUGGGUGAGUCGCUGCUAGUACUCUACAAAGCAGGGGGAGAAUUCAUAUUCUGCGACAGAUUUGAUCUCAUCAAUGCAAGAAGUGUCGUGUACGAUAUCGAGAAUUUUAUAGGGUUUUUUUUUGUUGGGGAUAAGAGCUGCUUUUUCUUUAAGAGCAGGUUUGUGUUGUGGAAGAACGGAGAUAUAAAAAUAAUAGAGAUAGGAGCAGACGAAAAAGAGGAGCAUUUUAUAGAGUUACCGGAUAAUCUCGAGAUGCUUGAAGAGGUAUACAAGAAGAGGCCUGCUCCAAUGGGGGUUUUUAAGCCUGGAAAUGUGAUGUCUUCUCUCAAUAAGAUGGCCAAGGAAUUUUUAGAAAAAGAGAGGAGGAGCACCAAUCCAAUAGCCAAGAAGAAGAUCAGGUAUGCUGAGAAAAACCUCGGGGGUUUCUAG